AUGUCUUCAGGAUACGGUCAUGGAUCAUAUAGACAGUCAUAUGGCUCGAGCCCAGGGGAACAUAGUAUCGGCAGUGGCUGGAUGUCCGAGUCGCCUAUUAACAGUCACUCACCAACUGGAAGCGCUGGUUCCACUUCACAGGGCUCUUCUAAACAAUACGUUAGGCAGUCGGUGAGACCAGUCACAAUAGCUCAGCUACUGUCUGUAGCAUAUGAUACAACUGACUCGAUAAUGAAGAUUGAUGGUCAAGAAGUUUCAGUGGUGACAUUUGUCGCAUGGAUUAGAUCUUCUAACGAACUUACAACCGAUACAAACUACAUAAUGGAUGACGGAACCGGUUGCAUUGAUGUUCGAUACUGGCUUCAAAACGAUAAACCAGAAGAGGUAUCUAAGCCUAAUAUAAGUAAAGAGACGUAUGCCCGAGUCUUUGGCCAGAUAAAGAAUUUCGGGGAGAAACGCCAGGUCAUUUCAUUUUGCGUUAGGCCUGUGACAGAUUUCAACGAGAUAACGCAACAUACACUUGAAGUCAUUGAAGCACAUUUACAUGCAAAACAUGGGCAUCUUGUGAGUGACGGUUUUAUUAUCAUUACGUUUCCGCUUUUUUUAUUAUUUACAGUUCUGUUAUCUGUUGACGGCCACAUGGGCGGAUACAGUUACAACAAAGACGAAGUAUCGGAUAGACGAAACAACGAUCUGUUUAAGAAACCUUUGCAUCGCGAGAUUCACGAUAUAGUAAAGCAGAUUCAAUCGAAGAAUGUUAUGGAUGAUGGUGUUGGUGUCAAUAAGAAAGAAAUUAUUGAAAAACUAAAGAACUCUCAUGGAGCAAAUGCCGUCGAUAAUGGUAUUCAAUGGCUUAUCUCGGAAGGACUUUUGUAUGCUACCAUUGAUGACGAUCAUGUUAAACUUACGACAGAAUCUUAA